UGUGUUGGGAGCACAGAGAGCCUUCCCAUCAUGAGCUUCACUGGAAAGUAUGAACUCCAGUCCCAGGAAAAUUUUGAGCCUUUUAUGAAAGCCCUUGGGCUUCCUGAUGAUCAGAUCCAGAAGGGCAAGGACAUCAAGAGCAUCUCGGAAAUUGUGCAGGAUGGGAAAAAGUUCAAGAUUACUGUGACCACUGGCUCCAAAGUGCUGCACAACGAGUUCACCAUCGGGGAGGAGUGCGAGAUGGAGAUGCUGACAGGAGAGAAGGUCAAGGCUGUUGUUCAGCUGGAGGGUAACAACAGAUUGGUCGCAAACCUGAAAGGGCUGAAAUCCGUCACUGAACUCAACGGAGACACUAUCACCAAUACAAUGACCAUGGGAGACCUCACCUACAAGAGAAUCAGCAAGAGAAUCUAGAGACCCUGCACAUGCCAAUCAUUUUACUGUGUAAAAUGUGUCCAUUAAAGUAAAAUUUGUAUUAAAGGCCUCAUUAUUAUCAUCAACCUCUUCGCUGUUGCU